AUGGUCUCGUUCACCGUUUACUGGGAGGGACCCAAAUUCUUACAAUUAUCAGAGGAUAGAUGGCCGAGGUCAAACUUCGUGCCGUUGAAUCCAGAUCAGUUACCGGAAACCAAACCUAGGGUGGUCACGGUUUUGUCCGUUACCACGUCGCCUCCAUCUCUGGAACUGAUACAGCGUUUUUCGUCGCUCAACAAGAUGAAACGCGUGUUAUCGUUUAUCUUUCGUUACUACAACCGUUUACGACAGAACUCGGUCUGCGACGGUCUAGUAACGUUCGCUGAGCAAGAAAAGUCGUUAUCGGUCGUUGUGAAAUGCACUCAAGUAUAUCACUUUGUAGAUUUGAUCAAGGCCUUAAAGUCCCAAUCCAAUGUUACACCACCCUCUUUAGCGCAAUUGGCGCCCUACAUUGAUAAAAACAACGUUGUUUGUGUUGGAGGUCGACUUCGUUUCGCAUCGGUGUCUUGUGACGCUAAACAUCCGAUACUAUUCCCGCGAACUUCACAUCUUACCGACUUGUUAAUCCGACAUAACCACCAAUCGUUUCCCCAUGGCGGACCAAAGUUGAUCUUAUCUAUGUUGAAUCAAAAAUUUUGGAUUUUGUCUGGUUGGUCUGCAGUCCGACGUGUUAUUUUUGCAUGUGUGACUUGUACGCAUAUCAAGUCUGUCCGCCCUCAACCGCUUAUGGCCGAUUUACCAGCCUUCCGUGUGCAAUCGGAUAGACCUUUUUCUCAUGUUGGGAUGGAUUAUGGAGGUUCAUUUAUCGUUAAAGAACACCGCCGUCGCAAUUCUCGUACGACUAAGGUGUAUUUGGCAUUAUUUAUCUGCAUGUCCGUGAAGGCAGUGCACUUGGAAAUCGUGUAUGACUUAACCACUGACGCAUUUUUCUCGGCAUUAGAUCGCUUUGUUGCGCGGCGAGGAAUACCGUCAUAUGUCUAUUCAGAUCGUGGUUCUAAUUACGUUGGCACCGCACGCCAACUUAGUGCUCUUUUCCGUAAUGCCAAGGAACAACAGAAAAUUUCGACUCAUUUAUCUUGCACUUGGCAUUUCAAUCCACUCGCGGCACCAAACUUUGGCGGGAUCUGGGAAGCUGGGAUAAAGAGUGUUAAAUUCUAUCUCAAACACGUAAUCGGAAAUCAAACACUGACAUACGAAAAAUUUUACACUUUAACUAUUCGCAUCGAGGGAAUCCUUAAUUCUCGUCCGAUUACGCCUCUGUCUCUCGAUCCACACGACUUAUGUGCGUUGACUCCUGGACAUUUCUUAAUCGGGCAGCCCAUUCAAGCUAUUCCUGAAUCUGAUCUGAUCAACGUCCAGAUCAACAGAAUUACUCGUUGGCAGCUUAUUCGUCAAUGUCACCAAUCUUAUUGGAAAAGAUGGUCUCAAAAGUACUUAUCCACAUUACAACAACGCCAUAAAUGGUUCAAACCAACCACGAAUCUUUCCAUCGGUGACAUGGUCAUCGUCGAAGCCCCGUCUAGACUGCCCACGGAGUGGCGUCUUGGUCGCAUCACCGACCUACAUCCAGGAUCUGACGGUACAGUUCGCGUGGUAUCAGUACGCACUCAAGACGGUAUCUACCAACGUCCAGUCAUCAAACUUGUGCGGCUGCCGGUUGAACCAUAA